AUGCCCUUCUCAGACAGUCUUUACUCCGCAGAAGACUCAGAUACCGACUCGUUCAGCGACGAGCUCAGUCCUACCGAUGGUUAUUUCAACCCCAAUCGCGGGGCCGUUGCCAUGCCGCCAGGCAUGAUGGUCCAAGACCCGUCGCUCGAUCUUGACGAUAAAAAGCCAGAGGCAAAAGUCUUGAUCCCCACACCACAUGCCCAGGCGCCUAUGAGGCAAGGCUCAAGAGCUUCAAGCCAUCCUGCCAUGACACAGUCGCCGUCGUCGUCGUCGUCGGCUACCCACGCGUCAGCGCCGCCGAGUGAGAGGACGCUUUCUUCGCCCGAGAGUAGACAAACACACGCUCCUCUAUCUCGAUUCUCGCCACAACACCCCGAUCACUUCUUCGUUGAGCAGAUGCCUUUAAUGGGCGGUCCCCCUCCAGCGUAUACCCCUAGUCCUACUACCUCAUCCGGUGCCUCUGAAGCGUCGGCGAACGAGAGAAGAUAUCGCACGUUUGCGGAAAACCACCUCGAGCGGGGCCUUCUUCAACCACAUCAGCCCGAAAGCAUGGGUGGACCUAUCGAAGAUAGGUCGGAUGAGCGAACGCCUCUUUCGGACAACGCACCAAGAGCUACUCGGUGGCGGAGAGUCAACAAACGUGUACUAUUACUUGCUAUGUUAUCUACUAUGCUUAUUGUAUGGGUUGCAACUGUUUCUUGUGCACAAUCUUUGCGUCACAAAAACCCCGCCGUAAACUUGCCUCCAUCAAAAGGCACGCCGGCUGGUGCCAGUGGGCCAUACUGCCCAUCAGCAACGCACAAGAACGAAGAGGUGGUGUACGAGUUUCCUGUUGGGUCUGACUUAACUGUGAUACAAACUACCCAUGACGAUGAUGGGUCCCGAUACAUGAGCCAUGUGGAGACCAAAGGAGAAGUCCACCUCCGACGACUACCUGUGGACUCGCAACAUGGCAACAGUUCUCAUUUUACCGUCGAUGUGCGUGUCAGCGAUCCAAACCUACGGAUCAAUAAGUCUUGGGAUGAACAUUCCCGAACUCUUAAGAUUAGCACACCGAGGCGGGCACGGUUGAACUCUCCCAGACGUCACUGUGUCUCCCUGGAAAUUACUGCUUGGUUUCCUGCGGAUGCCGAAUUCACAAACCUUUUGAUUGAGGCUGUUACUCUUAAUUUGAGGGUUCUGGAAGAUAUCAAAGUCAACGUAUCUGGUCGUUCUAAGCUUACCACCCUGACCGGUGAUGUUUUCUUCCCCAAUAUUGGAGACCUGAAAACUUCUGAGAAGGGCGUCCCAAGUAGCGAUCCAAGCACUCCAGGCCAAACCUUAAUUUCCGCUCAACCCGACGUAGAAUCUACCUACCCAUUCUCAUCUCGGCGAAUUGUUGUCGAGACUACUACUGGGCAAAUCAGAGGGCAAUACCCCUUGUUAGACUACCUCGCGUUCUCCACACAAUCGGGGGACAUAAAAGUUGACGUCCUUCCCGAAGAUGCCUUGCCUUCUGCCCCCGCUCCCGCGGACCUAGAAGUACAAACAGCAUCAGGAACCAUUUCCGUGAACCUACCCCUUGUGGACGAGAAAUACGCACCACCUCCACGAGAUUACAUCACCAACGUUCACUCCAGCGCUGGCGGCAUACAUGGAACAUUCUACCUUGGCUCACUCGGUAAUUUCAAGAGCAAUUCCGGGACUCUCAAUUUCAAAGCUUUGCCAAUCGUUCAAGCCAAUAGUGCGUCCGGGAAUUUUAGUAAUACCGUCCCUGGCACUUUCGAAACCCAUACAGUGAGCGGAGUUACUGAUAUCGAAGUUCUGGACCCGUUGUUUAUGCCCCACCCCAACUCCACAGAAGACAAACAGCCAUUACAUGAUCAAUCUCACCCAGACCCCUCCAAGGACAAGAAAUCGAAGACGCUCCGCAACCUUCAAUCUAAGCACAGUUCAAACUCCGGAACUGUCUCGGUCUCCUACCCCAAAGCAUGGGAAGGGUCUAUCCAUGGAAAGACCGUCUCAGGCGAUAUUGUUGUAAAAGGAAGCGGGAUCAGGACUAUCCGGGAGAGGAAAGGGUGGGCAUAUAACGAAGUGCUUGCGAGGAAGGGAGUGGAGAAUAAAGGGGAAGGAUGUAUGGUUGAGAUGUCGGAUGUUGCUGGGAACUUGAGUUUUUUCGUUGGAUAA